CAGUACUGUGAAAAGUGAAAACGUAGCAUGGACUAGAAGGAGACGGAGGGGAAAUAGAUAAAGUGCUCAAGAAGAAACCGUUGACCUGCAUGGCUCCGCAGGCAGAGGCUCACCCCGCUCGCCCCUGCCGGCUCCUGGCAGGCAGCGGGGGGGCACGUCCAGGGGCACCCCCAGGCUCGGGGGGUGCAAGCUCUGUGCCUCCCCUGCCCGCCCGCUGCCCCCAAACCCCUCUGCAGUUCCCAGCUCGGCGCAGUUAAUCACAGCGGGGAGGUGCUGCCGGGACAAACCGAGCGUGUCACCCACAUCCAAAGAGCAGUGACAGUGACACGGUCCCUUGUGUGACACCUCCCCGGGCACGGCUGGGGCUUGGGGCGCCGAGACCGGCGGGUGUGCGCCAACGGGAGGCGGAGGAGCAGGGAGCAAAAUGCUACUUGCAUGGAUUGUGCCCGCAGCAAUUUGGUUGUUGGUGCACUUCACAGCAGAAGCGUGCAGUAAAGGCAACGUGACUGCUGGCAAACUUCCCGUCGGCGCUGCAGAAAUAUGUGACAAGGGGACCAUGACUGCUAACACUGCUCCUCACGUCCAGCCUGGAACCAGCAUCACGCUCGUGUGCCAGCUGAGGCCCCUGCCAUACCCUGAGCAGUGCAGGAUAGCCAUUUUCUUUAACGGCUCUGAGCUGAUUCGCAAUUACAGCAGUUCAGUAAGCACCAGGUUUCCAGUCCAUACAUACGGCAAACACAUGUUUACAUGCAAAAUAGUUUGUGAAUACAAGAAAAAACUCAUUUGUGGCAUCGAUAUCGAAUCUGGAAAUCCUCCAGAUGAGCCAAGAAAUGUGUCGUGUAUCCAGUACGGGACAGACGGCCAUCCCACCUGCACCUGGGAUAAAGGCAGGCUCACCUACAUCAACACUACAUACGUGGUACAGCUAUCAAAUGGGACGGAUGUCUUAUGUGUUUCAGAAAAAAGUCUCAAUAAGAAGUUUGGCUCGCUGGCUCUCAGCAAGUUGAAUUUUGACUGUACUUACACUGUUGUGGUUGCUGCCUCCAAUGAGCUGGGAAGUGCUUUUUCACAGCCGCUGGUGUUCAUGUUAAUAGACAUAGUGAAACCACAUCCUCCCAACUUUCUUGUGGAAUUUGAAAAUUCUUCUGUGACCAACUGCACCUUCUUUUGGCACGGUGAAGCACAAGCACGGCACUGCAGGCUGAGAUACCGUCCGCUUACCAGGCACACUUGGAGCAUGGUUGAAAGCUUAAACUGCAGUUUAAGUGAAAAAUGCAGUCUUCACGGUCUGGAGCCUCACACAGCCUACGAGUUUCAGGUCAGCUGUAAAAUUCACCCCAAGCGAGGACUGUGGAGCAACUGGCGCACGUACCAGACGUGGACUCCCGAAGCAGUGCCAACCGGGAUCCUAGACGUCUGGUACCGGCAGCAGGACAUGGACUCCCAGCAGCAGAACAUCUCUCUGUUUUGGAAGGCUUUGGGCAAGGCAGAGGCGAGAGGAAGAAUCCUGCAGUACACAGUGACCUUUGAAGCCCUGGGCCAGCAGAACCUGGCGGCAGAAGCACACCAUACCACCCAAACCAGCUACGCCAGAGUCACGCCGAGGGUGGGCUACAAGAUAACCGUCACCGCCGAGAACUCGAGGGGCAGGUCCCCCCCGGCAUCCAUCAUGACCGAGCCGGGCACCCAGGAUCUACCUCCUCCUCAGAAGGUGACUGCCGUAGCCAUGGGAAAUAGCAGCAUCCUCGUCAGCUGGGAGCCGCCCAUCAAAUCGACCGCAUCCAUCAGCGGGUACGUGGUGGAGUGGGCGGCCGCGCAGAGGAGCUGGCGCCUGGAGCCCCCCCCAGCCUGGGUGAAGCUUCCAGCAGCCAACCGGUCCGCACGGAUAGCAGAGCACAUAAAAAAUAAUGUGUGCUACCAGAUCAGCAUCUUUGCACUCUAUCGGGAUGGAGCUGGACAAGUGGCAUCAGUUAGGGGAUACUCAAGAGCAGAAGCACCAUCAGCCGGCCCCCAGAUGUACGCAACACCGCAGGCAAACGGCGUCUUGGUUUCGUGGGAGGACAUCCCUGCGCACCACCAAAGGGGCUGCAUCACGGGGUACCACAUCUACCUGCAGAAGAAGGAUGGGCAGGCAGCCCCAGAUGUCUACACCAUUUCCAACGUGACUGCGCAGCGCUGGUGGUACCUGGCCGACCUGCAACCCGGGGAGCUGUACACCCUCGGCAUGACGGCGUCCACUGCUGCCGGAGAGGGGCCCUGGGGCAACAGCGAGCUCGUCUGCUUGGAAAGUGCUGGGGGCUGGCUGACUGUUGUGCUUACCUGCGGCAUCUUCAUCUUCUCAGCCUGCAUUUGUUCUGUACCUCCGGCAAGAAAAGCGUUACACUCGCUCCUCUCCACACUUAUGCCGCAGUGGCAGAGCAAAGCCAUUCCAGACCCAGCUAACGCUACAUGGGCUAAGAACUACGUGUCUACAAAGGGCGAGCUGGGCUUGCCCUGCAGCCUGCCCCUGCACAGCGCCAGCGGCUUUGAAGAGCCUGAAAUAACUCAAGUAGAGGAAGCCUUCACGAAGCCUGGGCACCGGGACAAGCUCCUCUUGGGCAGCACCGGGGGCAGCGGCUCGGGGCAGGAGACAGAAUACCAGCCUCUCCCCAGCACGGCGGACGGGGAGGUUUAUGAGCAGCAGCUUCCUGACCUCUACAAGAGGAUUGUGGUGGAGGCGAUGGAGCACACAGAGACCGGUCCAGAGUACAUCGCCAACCCCGUCGCCAACACGGAUGCUGCGUACCUCCCCCCAGUCACAGGCACUACCAAAGACCUCCCUGAACUCGAGUGCGACCCACUCCCCGUCUUCCCAACAACUUUUUUGACACCCAUAGCUUCCUAUGAAGGGAACGUGACUUUGGCUACGGUGAAAAUAAGCUGCAGCUCGUUCACAAGAUAGGUGGUCAGGGUGAUGUACGCCCGGCCCAAUUUUUUGGCACUUUCCUACUCGGUGUGUGUCAGCAGAGCCAGCCCAGUAACUUGCACUUGGUAACAUUUAACUGACAAGACCCCCAGCUCAGGACCGUUUCCAGCACUGCCCGUCACGCCUCGCUGUACCGCACAGCGGCUCCCCGCACCGCGCGCUGGGGGGAACCGAGGCCAGGCAGCGGUGAGCGCAGGACUGCGCGACCUGCCUUCUGGAGAGCUUUGUUAAUUACUCCGGUUGGCUGCCUCAGGCCCCUGCCCCACUGCCUGAGCACCAGCAGCUCAGCCUGGCUUGGGCCCCCCCCCAGGCACCGGGGCCGUGCUCAACACCACCCCAGCCGCCGCUCACGUGGGAAGAGCGAGGAGCUGCACCGGGGCCGGCACUCAGCACCCCAGCCCUCGCUCCUCCCGCUGCACGCAGCAGGUCAGCGAUGCCACACACAGCAUCCGCAGCCACCCGUGCUAAGCCUCAUGCCCUCCAGCAGCAUUCCCCACCGCAGCCCCAGCACUGGCACCGAGUCACCGUGUUCCCCGCAGCACCGGUGCUACAGCCCGCGUGGGCAGCGGGAACACGGCCGGAGCGGGGCCGGCAGCUCAGCCCCCCGCCUGCCCUCGUGGCUCAGGGCGGCCACAGAGAAACCGGCUCCAGAAAUAAAAGCAACAGGCAGGCACGUGUGCAGAUGGGCUGGUGGAAUGAAUUUAAAGCAUUUAUUGAAAUAUUCUAAUUACAGGUUUGAAGUAAGUGUUACACAUUUAAUGACUUUGUUUACUAGAUGUGUGUAUAUAUAAAUAAAAUGUUGGAAACCUGCUCUUUGUUUCCUGUUGUUUUCUCUGGUCAAGCUCAAGUGCUAACGCUGCAGCUCUACACAGAAUAAGGUGUCUUGAAAAAUAAAGCCAAAGCACUGCUGCUGAGGUAGUCCAGACCUGACCUUACCUGGAGCAUCCUCCUCCUCCUCCCCAGGAUCGAGUGGCUGCUUUCCAUCCGCGGCUACACAAGCUGUUGGGCAGUUGCACAAGCUGGUGACGAACCCCUCCUGUGAUACCACCACCACCUCAGAGCACCUCCAUGAACAGCCACGGUCCAACGUGGCGAGGAACCAGCCCACAGCCGCCCUGCAAAGGUCUCCUCACACCGCAGCGAGAUGCACCUGCAUCACAUGGCUCUACC